AGGCGAGACCACAGACAUGAUGCUGGGUUUAAGAGUGUUGCUGUUGCUGGGCGUGGCCAUGCUUCCCCAUGUUGUCUCUAAAAAGGAUUCGGUAAUGUUUGGGAAGGGAACCAAACUAAAUGGAAGGAAAGUAAGACUGAUCAUGGAUGCUUCAAUACAGCAUCACAUCCUCAGCAUGUCAAGCGCAACUCUUGCCAACACGUCACUGUCACCGUGGACCUACAGAGACUCGUGUGACGAGUCCCGGCUGCCCAGGAAGAUCUCCCAUGCUCAAUGCCUCACAUCUGGAUGCCUGAGCCUCCAGGGAGAAGGUGAAGAUUUUGCCCUGGAGGCCAAACCGAUCUAUUACCCCAUGCUGGUCCUCCGCAGAAUUCCUUUGCAGAAGGAGAAAUUAAAGGGAAGGAGGAAGAUCAGACGGAGGAAGUAUGACCUCAGGCUGGGGUUGGAGGUCGUCACAGUCGGCUGUACCUGUGUGAGGCCCAGUGUUGUCCACGGCACUAAUGUAUAAUGUUUUUUUUAUCACUGUCUCACUUAAAGCUGCAUUAUCAUUUAUGAUUACUAUUAAUGAAUAAAAUGAUCUCUCU